CUAGUCGGACAUAUUUAAAUGACCAGCUCCUCGACACCAGAAGCCGGAAGUAUUGUAGGGUAAACUCACGUGCACGACAUGAAAAAUAACAAAAAAAACAAGAGUGAGUCCAAAAAUGGUAAAUUUAAACCCGGGUCCAAGAAAAGAGAAAACAAAUACAUGGUGACGUUUGACGACAAAGGCAGAGAGGACUAUUUAACGGGGUUCCAUAAAAGAAAGGUUGAAAGGAGGAAGGUGGCAGUGGCAGAAAUUCGAAAGAAAAUCAAGGAAGAGCAGAUCAGAGUUCGAGAAGAAAGGCAUAAGGAAUACAUAAGGGUGCUGAAGGAGCGGACAGAUGCUCUCGAGGAGGCUGAAGAUGAUCUGGAAGAUGUGAUAACCGGUCAAACGGAGUCUGUGCAGUUCGAUCACCCCAACCACACCGUCACUGUGACAACCAUUAGUGAACUUGACCUCACGGGGGCUCACCUGCUUGGACCGGUGGCAAAUCAGGUUGAUGGAGAGUGCAAUGAUGAAGAAACGGGGAAAGAAAAAGAACGGGAGGAAAAAAGAGCUAUGCCUAGAAAAGCUGGAAAUCCAAUCAUGAACAAAAAGAUCCGCUCCCUGAACGCGUCGCUCAGCAGUUUCACAUGCAAGCGGAGAGCGAAGGGGAAGGGGAAGCAGGAAGGCCGAGGUGGACGAGGCCAUCAGACAGACAAGAAACAGAGCGCCGCCGAAGCUAAAAAGAAAUCCGGGAGGACCACCAAGGGGCAGAGACGUCGACUGACUGGGAAAAAAGUGCAUCAUCGGGUGUGAAAGAGUGAUCGGGGAAAUCUAAUGUAGGAAUGGACUUUUGAGUAUUUACCCCCCUGUGUUGAAAGUGUAUAUGCUGAGAACAGUGCAAAAUGAACACAAGCUGAUGUGGAUGCUCUGUCUGCACCGUGUUGGACCGUGUAUCAUGACAUUUCAGAAUAUUUCCAAUGUACCUGCCUCUUGAAAUCUUGUGCUCAAACAGUUUUUGUAGUGUUUAUUGCUUAAUCGUAUACAAACUGAAGUGUAUUUGGCUAGAUUUUUCAUGAAAUAAAAGAUCCAUCUUGACCUUGUGAUGCAGCCACAUCUCACAAACUG